CUCUCUGCUGCUGCUGCUGCUGCUGGUUCGUGUCCUCAGCUCACCGAGCAGGUCGGGGAACAGUCGGUUCCCUCCAGCUGAGUGUCUGUGCAGCUCACUCACUCACAGCGAGCUCACCUGGAUUUAUCACCUGGAUUCUUUUUUAAAGAUCAUCCCUGUGAGGUGAAAUUCAGCGCUUUAAAACAACCUGUGCAGCUCGGUGAUGCUCUCUGCUGGAUGAGAUUGUAGCGCCAACAUGUCGACCUCCGACUCGGAUUACUCCAUCGACUGGCUCGCCAGCGAUGAGGAUGACUACGACAGCUCGAAGAGAUUAAGUCCUCUGCAUGCUGCAGAGCUGUCUGUAGCACCCUCAUCAUCGUUAUUACCAUCAGUGUCACCAUCAUCACCUUCAUCAUCAUCAUCAUCAUCGCCAUCAUUUUUAAGGGAAUCUCCCAACAGCUGCUCCCACUGUGGGGCAGCCAGGAGGAGGAGGUGGAGGAGGAGCGACUGCAGGGACGAAGGAUCUGACUCAGAGUCGGCCCCAGUCAGUCUGGUUCAUGGAUUCAUGUCGGUGUGUGGGCAGGUCUCUGUUGGGGCGGAGCUUCGUUUAAACAGGAAGAGAGUACACAGCGUUGGCGAGGACGGCCUGUGUGAAACCACAGAAGCAGACACUGAAAAUGAACUUUUCUUACUCAAGUGCUCAGAGCUGCAGUGCUACAUCGCCCCGCUGUCCUCCAUCCUGCAAGGCCUCCGAUCAGGAAGGUACUCCCAACGUCUGAGCAGCUUCCAGGAGAGCGUUGCCAUGGACCGAAUCCAGAGAAUUAUGGGGGUCCUUCAGAACCCACACAUCGGCGGACGAUUCCUCAGCAUUUUACUGAAAAUAGAAGAAAUGCUCCAGAGCUGGUUUCCUCACAUCAAACUGAACGGGACGCAGACCGACGACAGCCCCGCAGCCAAGAAACUCAAGCCUCCUCACAGCUGUGCCUCUCCUCCUCCCCUCUCUGACGUGGACUCUCACUCCUCCACUCGUCUCAAAUGGCUCCACACGUCUCCUAUCUGCUCCCUGAAAACACCUGAGCCCACGCCCCCCCGGGUCGCCGCCUCCCCCUCCUCACCUCUGCCCACCCAGGACAGCGCCGUCUCCUCAACUUCAGACCUCCACCCUGAUCCUCCACGGCGCCUCCCCUCUGCUCCUCCUCGCAUCAGCAGGGGGCCGCCACCCUUCAAGAUCAUCUCGCCGUGUCUGGAGCGCCUCCUGCAGGCGAAGGAGAGCAUCAUCGCUCCCCGGACAGCGGGGGAGGAUCAGUGGGCGCUGUGAGACGGAUUAUUCUGGACAAACAUGGCUUCCACUCAGUCCAAGGCCUUACAAACCCAUGUUUCAGACUCUUCUCAUUUUUUAUUUUAAAUCUGCUGCCAGCGUUGCACUCGCCGGCGGUCUGGAUCACAAUGACCAUGAAGAGUCUGAAUGUAACAAAGGGACUGGAUUUGGCUCUGAGUUUCCUCUGAAGAGCUCUGAGGUUGGAAUGAUGUUGGCAGAGCGGACACAAAGACAGGAUGAAAACGUGGAGAGUGUUUCUGGAUCUGAAUGUGAUCAAGGAUGUCAGAAUGGUCCAUGAUACCGUACCUUUGAUACCACACUCCUUUAAAACCAUGCAGGCGGAUUUUAAUGGGGAUGGUUUCAGAAAGAACCGUGUCCUGCUGCCCCAGCUAUGCAUAAAUUCAGUCUAAAGUUAUAUCAGAAACCCUCAGUGGAGACUAGGAAGGCUGACUCUACACUAGAUGAGCUCAAAUCUUAACUGAUGCUAGAAACAUGGCAGACCGCCCUCAUACAGACUGUUAUCACUGGUUUUAACAUUAUAAUCCUCCAAAUGCACACACUGGACCGGAUUUACUCCAAUGAGACGUCCCGAGGGCCGUUUUAGUAACAUUAAUACAACCAAACCCCGGUAUAGAGACAUCUGGAUUAUUUAUUCAUCUAAAACCGGGUUUUUAAAUCUGACCUGGGAACAGUGCAUGAACAGCAGAGACCAGCAGGGACAGAGAGAAGCUGAAGUUCAUUGGUGUGUUUCUCUGCAGCCUGAUCAGCUGGUAGACUUCCAUACCCUCAUUUUGCAGGGUAAAACCUUUAAUUUUAAACAUUUAUGAGGCCUGACAGUGUUCCUGUGUGUCCACGUAGUACCUGAAUCCCCCUGACAUCCCUGCUAGUGCUGCUCAACCAAACAAACAGACCUAACAGUGUGGGACAGCCUGUGUCUGUAUCAGGAAUAAAUACUCAGCGUUAAAGAAGCCUUAACCACCCGAUGAGCAGCAACGUGCCAGAUUAAAUCAGACAAAACAAAUACUUCUUUAGGCCUUGUUUUACACAACAGCGUUUUCAGGUGAAAACGCAAAACUUUUGUGGCGUCUGUCCGUUUACACGACAACGCCGUUUUGGUGCCGGAAAAUGGAACAAUUUGGAAACAGGCUCCAGAGUGGAAGUUUUUCAAAACGCCCCUGUCUCCGUGUAAACAGGGAAAACAGCAGUUUCUGAAAACGCACAUGCACACUACGGCUGCAGUCAGCGGUCAAAUGUCACAGCACUCUGAAACGAGCCGUGGCCACUCGACCCGAGCUGUCUGAUGUAGUUUACUGGGAUUCAGCUUGUCAAGUCACAGACAGCUGGAUUUAGAAAAGGGGAAAUAUUAUUCUGGUCCGGAGGACUAUCAGUGACAGUUUCUUUGGAUAAAGUCAUGCUAUUAAUUUAGGAAAUAAUUACAUCUACAAAAUCAAAGAUGCACCAACACUAUAAAACACUGAUCAUCAACUGGCGGCCCAGGGGCCACAUUGGGCCCCCCAAGCAUCCUGUCCAGCCCCCAAAAGAUCAUUAAUUCAGAAAAGGAGGAGAAGAAGAUUUAUACUUUUGCUGUAAAUGUCUGCAGCUGUUAAAUCCACCCCACAAACA